CGGCCAUGGCAUACGCACCAACUAGCUGGAUACAUCUAUCCACCAGGUGGCUAAAUGUAUCUUAGCGGCUGCCUAUAGCAUCAUGGACGAUGCCGCAGUCCUUAAAAAAAGAGGUUAUGUCAUGGGAGGAAAUUUGGGAGAAGGCUCUUACGCCAAAGUGAAAUCGGCUUUCUCCGAACGCCUGAAAUUUGAUGUCGCCGUCAAAAUCAUAGACCGGAAAAAGGCUCCUUCUGACUUUCUGGAGCGGUUUCUUCCUCGGGAAAUCGAUAUCUUGGCCAAAGUCAAUCACCGAUCCAUCAUCAAAACCUACGAAAUCUUUGAAACCUCAGAUGGCAAGGUGUACAUUGUGAUGGAGCUUGGUGUCCAAGGGGACCUGCUAGAGUUCAUCAAGACCAAAGGAGCCCUGCCUGAAGAUAUCGCCCGGAAGAUGUUCCGUCAGUUAUGUGCCGCCAUUAAGUACUGUCACGAUGCCGACAUUGUUCAUCGGGACUUGAAAUGCGAAAACCUUCUUCUGGACAGAGAGUACCACAUCAAGCUUUCUGACUUUGGCUUCUCCAAACGCCUCACUCGGGAUGAAGAAGGCAAAGUUAUCCACAGCAAAACCUUCUGCGGUUCUGCCGCUUAUGCAGCCCCCGAAGUGCUGCAAGGCAUUCCCUACGAACCCAAAGUUUACGAUAUGUGGAGCCUAGGGGUCAUUUUGUACAUCAUGGUCUGCGGUUCCAUGCCUUACGACGACUCCAACAUUCGGAAGAUGCUGCGGCUCCAGAAGGAGCACCGAGUCCAUUUCCCCAAGUCCAAAAACCUCACCAUUGAAUGCAAAGACCUUAUUUACCGCAUGCUCCAACCUGACGUCGGCCGGCGAUUGCGUAUUGAGGAAGUGCUAAACCACACGUGGAUGCAGCCGCCGAAACCCCGAGUGAUAUCGAUCACUUCAGUUGGGAAAAAUGGAGAGAGCUCCCAGACUUCGGGUGAGCAAAAGACGGUGCCAAGAACAGAAGCGGAACUGGACAACAGGGAUGAUUCCAGACCAGGAACAGCUCCUGUCCUACAUGACAGAUUGGAAGAAAGAGAGGUGUCGGCUGAAACAGGGGGGGUCGAGGAGAAGCAAGCCCCAUUUGAGGUAACGGACCUAUAAGGCCGCUGGACCCAAAAUCCUCUCUCAAUCCAAGCAGGAGGCCAUCGGUUGUCCGAAUGAUCCAAUGGACCUGGUGGCAUGAGGGGAAAGGUAAGAGUUUCACGGACAAAAUGGUCAGAAAAGGAGAGACUGAAAUGAGAA